AUAGGUCAGGUUGUCGACACAGGUAGACUCGCCGAAACUGUUCUUCUCCUUAGUGCGAUCUAGACCGAAACCAGCACAGGUGUUUUCCGACCCUUUUUACUAAUUUCUUGGUUAUCUUGCUUCCUGUUUUUUUUAUGUAACUUCAUAGUAGGUCCAGCCUACUCUUUUGCUACGUGAGAGGCACAUAUUUUUCUCUAGAGGCUUUGUUUGACGAAACUGGACUAGUCCUCCUAUCAGCCUAUUGGAUUAUCGUUACCUUAUUUUUUUGCUUUGUAUGUAGAUGUGGGUGUAAUCGCAAUAGUUUUGCGCCGCUUUGUGUAACAAUGAAGAUAUUGGGACUUUGCUGUGCUGUUCUUUCGAGUAUAGGUAUUUUGACGUGUGCGGCUCAACAAUGUGGACGACAACAGCUUCAGAAUAGGAUUGUGGGAGGAUAUGAUGCAGACGAAGGUGCCUGGCCAUGGCAGGUGGACAUCCAGACUAGUACUGGCCAUGUUUGUGGAGGAACCCUCAUUGCAGAGGAUUGGGUGCUGUCCGCUGCCCAUUGCUUCCCAAAUCCAUAUGACGUCUCCUCCUACAUCAUCUAUGUUGGUCGGCACCAGCUGAAUGGCUGGAACCCCUUUGAGGUGAGCCGCCGCAUUCGGCGUGUGGUGAUCCCGCCUGAAUACUCGGACCCCCAGGAGGGUGACGAUAUAGCCCUGGUGCAGCUGGACAGCGAGGUCAAGUUGGAUGAAAGGAUCCAGCCCAUCUGCCUGCCUGGUGCCAACACUCUCUUCCCCAGCGGGAUGCAGUGUACCACAACCGGCUGGGGGCAUAUCAGAGAUGGAGUGUCUUUGCCAGGAGCGGGCACUCUGCAGCAGGUCAACGUGCCAAUCAUUAGCCAGUCCUCCUGCCAAGCCAUGUACAACACCAACCCCAGCGAGCCUGUCGACAUCAUGAGUGACAUGAUGUGCGCUGGCUUUCAGGAGGGAGGCAAGGACUCCUGUCAGGGUGACUCUGGAGGACCCCUUGUUUGCCUCAUGGUAAACGGUACCUAUGUUCAAGCUGGGAUAGUGAGUUUCGGGCUGGGCUGUGCUCAAACCAACCGGCCUGGAGUCUACUCCAAGGUCUCUGCCUUUUCCAACUUCAUCAAGGCCAACAUUCCGCAGCUCCGGCUCUACGGCGGCGCCGGACGGAUCCAGGGGGCCGCAGCCACCAUACUGGCAUCCAUUCUCACCCUCUUCAUGGUGGUGCAUGUUUUGAGAUAGAUUCACCCACACACAGGAAAACAAAUACCUGACAAACUGCCACACCUCUUACUAUGCAAGGUUUCUCAUAGAAAUCACCUACUCUAUGUGAAGCACUCCUUCUCUCUCUUUUUAUCUGAUGAUCACAUGACCUCUAUUCCAGCUCCAACAUGGCCAUUCUGUUUAGUACUUUUUUGGUGUUGUCCUACAGCAAAACAUGUCGCCAUUGGGCCUCUGAAACUAUCUAGCUUAUCAUUUGCAAUAUGUUGUUACUAUACCCAUUGUUGAUACCAUGAAUUUAUACACGUAUUCCCAGCCUGGACCAUACAGGUAUUUUUAUAAAUGUAAGGCCAACUAUGAAUUAUUAUACAUUCCUCAUGAAGUAGUGCAUUGCACAGUUGAUCACAUUGUGGCAUACAGUAUUUUUGUAAUUUUUAAAAGUAUAUAUGUGAAAGAUCUUGCGUAGUUUUAGAUGUAUGAUUGUUGCAGAAAUAAAAUGUGAUUUGUAUCAAUUUA